AUGACUUCUCCAUUGAGUGAAAAUUAUACUUACAAGCCAGGCACUACAACAUUUAAAAAAGACACUUCCAAGGCUCAUAUGAGAGAAAUUGAAAUUUACCGUGGCCAAGGGUAUAAAAAUAAUGUGUUUCCUGAUAAUAAAAUAAGUACAAACAAGUAUACCUAUCUGACUCUUUUUCAAAUGAAUUUAUUUGAGCAAUUUCAGAGACUUGGCAAUAUCUGAUACCUAAUAAUUACCCUUUUUCAAUAUAUUCCUUAUGAUUUAUCCCCAUAUGUCAGUUUAUCAACUACAGCUAUUUUUGUAAUUGUUUUGAUCCUGACCUUAGUGCAUGACGCCUUAGCAGACUUUUUGAAAAGGAGAAGCGACUCCCAUGUAAAUACUAAAGAUAUUCUUGUAUGGAGUGAAGAAAGAGGGGAAUUUUUCAGAGAGAAAUGGAUGCAGGUAAGGGUUGGACACAUUAUAAUUGUUAAAAAUGAAGAAGAAAUCCCAGCUGACUUGCUAUUAUUAGCUACAAGUGAUCCUGAAAAUAUAUACUAAAUAAUAUGAAUUAAUAAUAAAUAGAAUCAGUCUUUUUAUGAUAAAUUUUCAAGCAAAUUGUCUCUAUAAAUUUCUAUAUGCUUUUUAGAAACUUCCAAUUUGGACGGAGAAACCAGACUUAGUAGAAAGAAAGCCAUGCCUGACACUGCUGCUAUUUUUGAUAGCAAAAGCUAUGAAAAAGCUAUAGAGCAGUUAUAUAGACUUGAUAGUGCAGUAAUAAAAAUUGACCAUCCGAAUUAUAGCUUGUAUAGCGUUGAAGGUAGCUUUAAACUAGUCAGCUAUCCAAGAGCACUCCGCUUAUGCUUAUAUUAAAAUGGAGUGAUGAAUCAGCCUGCCCUUUUAACACUUGUAGCCAAUAAGCUUAUAAGGAAAGCUGGGGAACUUGUGGAAGGAAGGACAGCGUUCGGAAAUGUGUACAAGCCCGAUUUUACUUGUUCGGCAGGUUAGGUCAAGGUUUUAAAUUGGAAUGGGAAAGGGAAAGCCCAGCAAGGCUAGAGGUGGCCACUUAGCCAAUUGGAAAUUCUAGCGCGAUACCAGGCGUUGCGUCCUGAACUCUUUUUCCAAUUGGUAGAGAGUCCGACUAGAAGAUUCGUUUUUCGAAUUUUCUGGAAGGCAAACCCCAUUAGUGCACGGCAUGGUGACCUCACGUCUCCGACUCUCAGGUAGCGAGUGCAAGCUCUCAUCCGUGAGAAACAACACAGUUGAAAGGCCUUGCUCGGACCUGCAAGCAAGUGGUGGAUUUUAUGAAGAGGUGAGUAGUGGCCUCCAGGGUCAAUUCUAUAAGUAAUUUAAUUAAGUAAGGAAACACUCCCUCUUACGCAUGAAAAUAUUGUAUACAGAGGGACUCAGUUGAAAAAUACUAAUUGAAUUAUGGGAGUUGUUGUAUAUACAGGAACUGAUGGCUCCAUAUUUUUUAUUCAGAAAAAUAGCUUCUAUAUACUUCUUUUAAUAGUUUUUAUGCAAUUUUCUUAUAAAUAAUUAGAUUAAACUAUAAACUUUUUAAAGAAAAUGUCAAGAAUUAAGGAAAUGCAAAUAGCUAUUAUAUAAAAGCACUAGAACUGAUACCAAAAUUAUAAUGAAUACUCAAAAAAUACCAAGCAAGAGAAGUCAAUUGGAAAAACAAAUGAAUAAAUAUUUAGCACUUAUGCUUUCUAUCGUAGGGGUUAUGGUGCUUUUGUGCUAUAUUCUUUCUCUGAUUAACUCUUCAAUAAAUAGAGAUGCAUAUAAAGUUUUUACAGGACAUAGUUGGUCCUACUCAGCAUAUGACAUUCUAAGUUUUGCAAUUUUAUUUAGCUAUAUGGUCCCAAUAACUCUUUAUCCCUUUUAUAUUUUUUUUAAUUUCUUAUCCUCCUCAAAAAAUCCAAUUCUAUAUAAAAAUAUAGCAAAAUCCUUCUCUAAAAACCCUUAUUAUCCUUUAAUAAACUAUAUGUUGUUAUUGACAUCGUCAGCACAGUCCAAUCUGUAUUUAUCGCCUGAGAUUUGCGAUUCUACGACAACGACAAAAAGAAAAACAUCGAAACCAAAAAUUUACAUUUAAAUGAAGACCUCGGAAAAGUCCAAUACAUUUUUGCUGACAAAACCGGCACUUUAACAGAAAAUAAAAUGUCUUUCAAAUACUGCAUAAUUCAUGGAAAAACCUACAACCAAGACCAGCUAAAAGAAAAAGUUAAGGACGAAUCCAGUCAUCACGUCUUGGAAUUUUUAGAAGUUUUAGCCUUAUGCCAUACAGUUAUCCCUGAAAAAACCCAAACUGGGAUGGAAUAUAAAGGUGUAUCAAGAGAUGAAGAAGCCCUUGUUAAAGCUGCAUGCCACGCUGGAGUUGAAUAUAGAAACGUCAGGCGAAAUUUAUUUGAAAUAAAAAUUAAUGGGUCCAAAUGCUUAUAUAAAAUUUGUGGAGUCAAUGAAUUCGACCCUGACAGAAAAAGAAUGUCAAUUGUAGUAAGGCCGCUUAAUGAUUAUCAGCCUCCUGUUUUGUUAUGUAAAGGCUCAGAUAGCGUUUUAUUCCAAAGAUCUAAUAAUUCAUCGAAAUAUAUUACAAAGCUGACAGGGAUGGUAGAAAAUCAUGCGAAAAAUGGCUUGAGGACACUUAUAAUUGCAAAAAAAGUUUUGACACUAGAAGAAGCUGAUCAGUAUGAAGAACAGUGGCUUUCUGCGAAAAAUGCUAUGAGUAAUAGACAAGCAAGACUGAGGGAUGUUGCGGAAAAUUGGGAAAAUAAUUUGACGAUACUUGGAUCUGUAGCUAUUGAGGAUAAAAUUCAAGAAGGCGCACCUGAGGCGAUUGAUACUUUAAAACGGGCUGGAAUUAAGAUAUGAAUGCUGACAGGGGAUAAGCGUGAAACUGCAGUAAACGCAGCUUAUGCUUGUAGCUUAUUUAAUUCUGACUUAGAAAUUGUGAAAAUAAACUACACCUAUAAGCGGCAAGUGUACAAAACUCUUAAAACUGAAUAUUAUAGGCAUGCAUUCCCAGAGGAUUCUGACCAUGAAAACAGUCCUCUUGCCAAAGGUAUUCAUGACAAUAUUUGAGAAUCACCUGGGAAAAAUGGAAGAGUUGACACAAAAAAUUCAGGAUCCUUUAAUACUUCAAGAAUUCAUGACUAUGGAUUUGUUAUUGAUGGGCAAUCUCUUGAAGCGAUUUUUGAGAAUGUAAAAAUACUUAGUCCCCCUCCGUGGGCGAACAAAACCAUUGAAAAAUCCAUAAUUUUUGAUAAAAAAACAAUUGAGAGAACAAAAAAAAUUUGUUAUGAAAAAAAUUUUGAUAUAUAAGUGAUAAUUAGUAUAAUUCCUUGGCUAAAUUUCUUAUGACCGUUAUACGCGCCAUUUUCAUAUGAAAUUUCAAAUUAUGAAUUUGCCGCACUAAAAUCAGCGUUUUGAAACGCAUAUUUGGUUUCCACAUACCAAAUUCAAAAUGACAUGCAUAUGCAUGAUAAGAAAUUAUUGCAAUACAUAAUAUAAUAAAAUCUCUAGCUAAUUUUGUUUAAUUUUGAACAGCUUGCAUUUUUAAACAUAAAUUGUAAUAUUUGCUUUAGAAUUUUUGCAAAUUGUGAUUUUUUAAAAAAAAUAACUGUGAAAUUAUUAUAAAUUUUAAGAAAAAAUAAAUUUUUGCCCGCUUACUUAGAAUUUUUCAUAACUCUUGCAUAUCUAGCUAAAAGUGUCGUUAUCUGUAGAGCCGCACCCUUACAAAAAGCAGAAAUCCUAAAAAUUUUUAAAAAACACAUAAAUAAGCCUACAAUUACUCUUGCAAUCGGAGAUGGUUCAAAUGAUGUUUCUAUGAUCCAUGAAGCUAAUGUAGGGAUCGGGAUUUUAGGAAAUGAAGGAUUUCAAGCAGCUAAUAGCAGUGAUUUUGCUAUAGCAAAUUUUAAAGAUUUAGUUCCUUUACUAUUGAUUCAUGGCCAUUGGAACUAUAUUAGAAUCGCUAAAGUCAUCCAAUGCAUUUUCUACAACAAUUUUUUACUGGAAUUCGUGCUAUUUCUAUUCACAUUCCAAAACAUGUACUCAGCCUCUCUUCUCUACGACUCUUGGCUCGUCACUAUUUUUCAUGUCUUUUUUACAGCUGUUCCAGUCAUACUGAUGGGAAUUUUUGAUCGAGACAAAAAGGCAGAAGUCCUUCUGAGAACUCCAGAACUUUAUAAUAAAAAUCAAUUUAAAUUCAGAGAUAUUUUAGCCCACAUUUUGAUGGCCGCUUAUCAAGCGUUACUUAUCUUUUUAUUUGUAAAUGUUUUUGCAAGAAAUGGCGCUUUAAGCUCAGAUGGCUACACAGAGGAUUUUUUUAGCACAGGAGUUGUGGUGUAUUUGAUAGUUUUUCAAGUCACAAUGCAUGAGAUUUUUAUAGUAGCCCACACAUGGAAUUUAGUUUUUCUUAUAGCGAAUAUUCUUAUGAGCCUUUUUGCUUUAUCUUUUGUGUUUAUUUAUGACUAUGGUCGUACUGCGACUUAUUAUAUGCAUGGGACUUCAACCAAAGUGUACUCAACACCUAUCUAUUUAUUUUUAUUAUUUGUAACUCCAUAUGUAUGUUUAGCGUUUCGGCUUCCUUUUUAUUAUGCUAAUAAGCUAUUUUUAGCGACUUUAACAGGCUCUCUUCGAACCCUUAGACAUACAAAAUCCAAUUUAUCUACAGAACUUUCAAAUGAUUUUUCUAAGACAUUUAGCUUCAAAAAUUUCCAAUAUUCCCCAGACCUAAAGCCUAUGGUUUUUAAUUAUACCUAUUUAAAUAUAAAAUUAAAUUUAUGUUCUGCUGAAAACAGGCCAUUUUUUAGAUUUAUUUUCUAUAAAUUUGUAUAUCAAAUGAAUCAUCUUACAUUGAAAUUUGAUAACCCUUAUUUAGAAAAUGAAUUUGAAGCAGAUAUCACUAAUGAUAAGAAAAAAUUGUGGAGAAAACUGUCACUUGCGACUUCUUUGAUAGCAAUAGUUGCAUUUAUUGUGGCCGAGUCUCUGGAUUCAGAAAAAGAGCAUAUAAGUACAGGAAUUGAGCUAGCAAUUUUAUUUUUAAUCCAUAUAACAGUUUUCUUUGUGCUGAUGACAAAAACGGUUUUUAGGAUUUAUAAAAAAGCAAUGAUUUAUUGAAUUGCUGCCAGCCUCGUGCUCCAAAUUGUCAUAAAUUUCCGAUUUUCUUAUGAAUUUUCUUUAACUAGCCCUCUCAUCUCUUUUGCAAGUUUUUUAGUCCUUCGUACUAACACCUAUCUUGUGCUUCUCCUUAAUCUUGCUGACCAAAUAGGCUAUUCUAUAUGAAUUUUUAUAAGAUAUACCACAGACUAUAACGAAACUGAAGGGGUUUUAAUCGGAUUUCUCUAUUUGAUUUUAACACUAGGAAUUGUCAUGAUAAGCGGAAGCAUAGGCUAUAUCCUUGAAAAAGGCAAAAAGCUUCAAUAUUUAUACCUAGAACUCGUCGAAUUCCAAUUUAAUAAAGGCCUAGAAAUUCUUUCUAACUUAUUCCCACAUUUUAUCAAAAGCAAGGUAAAAAAUGGGGAAAGGGCAAUCGCGCUGCAGCAGCCAGAAGUGACGGUCAUGUUUUGUGAUAUUUAUGGGUUUGAUAAUAUUUGUGCCACCCAUGCACCAUCAGAACUGAUAUAUUUAAUUAGGCUAAAUACCUAAAAAACUGCUAAAAAAUGGAUUAUUUAGACAAAUUCAGCAUAGAAUUAUUAGACACAUAUUUUGCUUUGUUAGAUAACUUAUGUGAAGACCACGGUGUCGCCAAAAUUGAAACAGUCAAUAAGACUUAUAUGGCAUGUGCAGGGAUGGCUGAAGAUGAAAAGCUGCUUCCUAAGUCUAAGUUGGCUAAAAAUCAUGGAAAAAGAACUUUAGAGCUCGCCCUCGAUAUUUUGAAGAGGCUUGAACAUGUUUAUCUUAAAACUGGAGAAAAAUUGCGAGUAAAAAUCGGCAUUAAUUCAGGACCAGUAAUUGCAGGGGUUGUCGGGCUUUAUAAACCUCAAUUUUCCUUAGUCGGCGAUACUGUAAAUACAUCUAGCAGGAUGUGCAGCACCCUCAAAGAGCCUGAUUCCAUACAAAUUUCAAUGUCAACCUACAACCUUGUCUCUGAAGAGCCUUAUUUAUUUGAGCCAAACCAAGUGGAGGCUAAAGGCAAAGGUCUUCUUGAUACUUUUAUCGUAAAAACAAUGGAAGAGCCUAAGCUUAUUCGUGAAUACCAAGACCCAUUUUCUGAAGAAGAGUCUCCUGGGAUCCCAGAAGCUCCUCAAGAAACUGGCCCAUCCCGCUUUACUUCUAACAAAACUGACGAUUUUAUCAAUACCCGUCUUAACCGUUUUUACACCGUUUACCAAGGCCGAGAAAAAGGUGCAGUCAUUAAAAAAGGUGAAAAUGUCCUAUAUCCCUCUACAAUAAAUUCCCAUUUAUUUAUUAUAAAUAGCCGAUAUUUACUAUUUUAUUAUAUAAAUGACCUAAUAAAUAGAACUGGCCAAACUAAAGAAGAACUAGGCCUUGUGGAUGACCUCAUGCUAUGGGUUUGCCAUUACAACACUGAAGAAGAGGAAGCUGAAUUUCGAAUUAAAGAAAUGAACAAAUUUAAAGCUGUAAUUAAAUUUGAGAUCUGGGGAGGAAUUAUUUUGAUUUUUUUAGCCACAAUUGUCCAUUUAUUAGCUUUUAUUUUGACUGAAAUUUAUAUGUCAAUUGAGGUAAUCGCAAUUAAAUUAUUUGUGAUUUUGCUGCUUAUUGUUGCAAUUUUGAGGUUUAAAAAAAUAUAUAGAAAGGUACUGUUUUCGUGGACAGUGAUGAUGGGGUUUAUUGUACUAGGAGGGCUGAAUGUGAUUAGCAUAUAUCAAGCGCCUGCGGCGCUUUAUAAUACAAUUGCAUUAGAAAUAUUGUUUGAGCUGCAGCUUAUAGGGCAUACUUGUUAUCUGCCAUUUGGGAAUCUAUUGGUUUCGACGAUAAUCUUAAUAGUCCCAUCUGUCAUUCUUUUCGGUGUCGGCUUACCAGAUGACCAAAUUGCAAGAACUAUAGUCCCAUACAUUAUUUUUAGCAUCAUUAAUAUAUGGGUCUCAUUUUACAAAGAAAAACAAUCCAGAACCACUUUUAACCUUAGGAAGCUCAUGAAACGUGAAAUUUCAAAAACAGACACACUAUUAAAACAACUAAUUCCUCCACACGCUGUUAGAAAUAUGAUGGAAGACCAAGCCACAACUGACAGAUUCAGCAACGUAACUAUCAUUUUUGCUGAUAUUUGUGGUUUUACCGCAUUUUCUUCAACAAGAUCUCCUGAACAAGUUGUGUCCAUGCUCUCAGGAUUUUUUGAAAUUUUUGAUAAAUUAUGCUUAGAGCACAAUGUAUAUAAAGUCCAUACCAUUGGAGAUUGUUACGUAGUUAUAAGUUUCAGGGAUGCAGAUAAGAGAAAAACUAUAAGAAAUCUUAGUGAAGAAUGCGAAAAUAUGGUAAAUAUGGCAUUUGAUAUGGUAAAAGCAAUAAAAAGAGUAGAUGAAGAAAAAGGCUUAGAGCUAAAUAUGAGGAUUGGAAUACAUACUGGAGACUUAUUGGCAGGGAUCACUGGGACUAAUAUUGUUAGGUAUGAUAUUUAUGGACCUGAUGUAGAUAUUGCGAAUAAAAUGGAAAGCAAUGGGGUGCCUGGAAAAGUGGACAUAAGUGAAGAAACUAAAAGGAUUUUAGAAGACGGGUUCCCUGGGAAGUAUAAUUUUGAGUUCAAUAAGAAAGUCACCCACAAGCCAAUUAAUAGAAUUUUAGAUGCUUUUUUUAUAUCAAGAGCUGAAAAUCAAGAUGCAGACUCUAUCAAUUAG